AUGACUGACCCUCGAGGUAUACUAUGUAUUAGUUGGGACAGUGGUAAUAAGGGCGGCAAUGAUUGGCUUUCCCAAUCGGCGCGAUGGGCGCAGGAACUGGAGAACCCACAAAAGAAGCGAACGGAAGUGGGUCGAGGAACCUGGGAAAAUGGCGUUCAUCAAUUGGCGCCUCGCAAUCCUGAAUUGGAAGAAAAACUGUUCAAAACCGGCAAAGAAUCCAUGCAUACCGGCAUCAAUUUCGAUCGAUACGACAAUAUUCCCGUUGAAGUCACUGGAAAGGACGUUCCUCCACCUUUAGAAGAAUUUACAGAACGAUCAGUGGAUGUCCAUCUGUUGAGCAACAUUGAAUUGGCAAGGUAUUCCACGCCUACGCCUGUUCAGAAAUACGGUAUUCCCAUCGUGAAAUCGGGACGUGACUUGAUGGCAUGUGCGCAAACAGGCUCGGGCAAGACGGCCGGUUUUCUGUUUCCUAUUCUUUCACUUUUGUUUGAACAUGGUCCUGCGGCGCUUCCUAAGCCAUCCGGCAAGGGAUCAAGAGCGUAUCAAAAUAUGGCGUAUCCCGAAGUCCUCAUUUUAGCGCCGACACGUGAAUUGACGUUACAGAUCUAUGAAGAGGCCAAAAAAUUCACCUAUCGAUCGUACGUUCGGCCAUGUGUAGUUUAUGGUGGUGCAGACAUCAGUCAGCAAAUUCGUCAGCUGAGUCGUGGCUGUCAUUUGCUGGUAGCCACCCCGGGCCGUCUGGUGGAUUUACUGGACCGAAAGCGUAUCUCAUUGGCCAAUAUUCGCUAUCUUGUGCUGGAUGAAGCGGAUCGCAUGUUGGAUAUGGGUUUUGAACCGCAAAUUCGACAAAUUGUCCUAUUUGAAGACAUGCCCUCGGUGGAAAACCGUCAAACCCUCUUAUUCUCGGCAACGUUUCCUCGUGUCAUUCAAGAAAUGGCCCAAGAUUUCUUGAAAAACUAUAUUUUCCUCUCCGUUGGUCGCGUAGGUGCCACGAGUGAAAAUAUCACACAGAACAUAAAAUAUAUAGAGGAAAACGAUAAGCGGUCGGCGCUGGUGGAACUUUUCCAGCAGACGGCUGAGGCUGGAUUGACAUUGAUUUUUGUUCAAACAAAGCGAGGAGCUGAUGCAGUGUGCGAGUUUUUGAUUUCCGAGGGGCUUUCGGCGGCGGCGAUUCACGGCGAUCGGCUGCAGCAUGAACGUGAAGCGGCAUUGCAGGCUUUCAAAAGCGGCCAGACGCCGAUCCUGGUGGCCACGGCAGUGGCUUCGCGUGGAUUGGAUAUUCCCAAUGUGACACACGUGAUCUCGUUUGAUUUGCCUAGCGAUAUUGACGAUUACGUUCAUCGAAUCGGUCGAACGGGCCGUGCAGGCAACACGGGUCUAGCUACGGCAUUCUUCAACAGCAGCAACCGAAAUAUUGCGGGGCCGAUGGUCGAACUUUUGACCGAAGCCAAACAGGAGGUCCCCGAUUGGCUCAAGGUCAUGGCGGACGAGGCGGCCAAUGAAACUUUCAUGGAUCCGGCGCAGAACCGGUCCUUUGGUGGUCAACAACGAGGCGCUUGGAAACCGCGUUCGAGAAGACCAAGAGAUGACGAUGAUAUUGGACCCCGCAUUCGAUGGUGA